GUACGCAUGGGAGCGCUGCGUACAUUCUCGAUAUUUUUAGAAACUCUGAAAUGUGAGUGCAGUAGCAACUAUUUUACCUGUAUUACAACUGUAAGGUUUACACGUGAGUUUAUAGAAUAUGCAAUUAAAAAUGGCUAAAGCUUUUAAUGUAAAAUUAGUGAAGGAAUUACUUUACGAAGAAAACCAAUUUAUUUCAAAUAUAUAUUCGAAAAUACCUAUGCCUAUGUUUGAGUUAGCCAAUCAAGAUGAAGAUGAAAACGAGGAAGAAAGAGACAACAUUAAAACAAGAGUUCCAGGUAAAACGACGACGCGAGCUCGGUCUUUCGAAGAAUUACACGCAAAAUUAGAGGAAUUAAAAAAUGUGAAAAAAUUGGGAUACAAACAGAAGCUUUUGAAAAAAACUUUAAAGAAUAAAAUUAAAAAGAAAACCAAAAAAGAGGAACGUUUAAUGCAGAAAAAGUUAGUAAGAAUAGAACAGCAAGCAGCUGGUUCAAAAAUGUUUAAUCUUGAAACUAAUGGGAUGCCCAAAAUUCAUAAACCUAAACCUGUAUUUAAUUCCGAGGGUAAGAUGGUCUUUAGUAAAUUUGAUUUCUCAGAGAUUGGAACAAAAAAGAAAUCUUUGAAAAGUGAGAAAGAUCCAAAGAAAAUUCUUCAACAAUUGCAACAAAAAAGUGAAAAAUUGAAGGAAUUAGAACAGUCCGGUGAAAAGGACAAAGUUGAGGAAAUAAAAGAAAAAGAAGCUUGGAAAACUGCACUCGCAAGGGCUAAUGGAGAAAAGGUUAAAGAUGAUCCAGAUUUACUGAAACGUACAAUUAAACGACAAGAACUCCAAAAGAAGAGGAAUUCCAAAAAGUGGGAAUCCAGAUUAGAAUCCGUACAGAAAUCUAAACAAGAAAGACAAGAUAAAAGACAAGAUAAUAUUAGCAAAAGGAAAAAAGAGAAGAAGACGAAUAAGCUUAAAAAAGCUUCUAAAAAAGGAAGGAUUAUACCAGGGUUUUAAGUAUAAUUUUGUAAACUUAUCAUUAGACAAUUAAAUGAGAAAAGAUUUUUUUCUUUUAUUAUCGAAAUGCAUUUCAAGUCAAUGUGAUAUAACGCGUAUAUAUAUAUCUAUGCAUUGAUAGGAAAUACUAAAGAAACUUACAUAGGUUUUAAAAAGUGUCAUAUAAAUAGUUUCUUUCAAAUGCUGACCAUUGAUAUAUUAAUUUUUAGUAUCAUGUAUCAAUUAUUUUGUUACAAUAACAUCAUUUUUAUGUAAAUAUUUUUAAAGACGAAGACCCAAUAUUAAUAUUUUCUUAUGAUCUUCGUUGAUGAACAUUCAAUUAUUAAAAUAAAUCGUAAAUCACAGAAUGAUAAGGAAAGCGAAAAAAA